GUUUGUUCCAGCGAGCACCAGCUGCUCGGCACUCCGGGCUCCGCUGCUCCGCUCCGCGCCCCGCCGGCCUCCCCGCCGCUCCAACUUUUGCACCCUCUGCUCCCUCAUCCCCUGCUCCUGCCCCCGGAGCUGGGAAGGGACAGACGGAAGCGGGGAGGGGAAAAAGAAAAAGAAAAAAAAAAAAAAAAAAAGAGAAGGCACCGACAAUAACAGCCCCCCCUCCCCCUCCCCAUUCAAAAACACAACAUAAACCCCAGGGAUAGAUGAACUACAAAUGAGAAAGAGGAAAAGAUGGAACUGCACAUCCUAGAGCACAGGCUCAGAGUGGCCAGCAUAGCCAAGGAGAGCAUCCAGUUGUUUACCUAUGGAUUAAUCAAACUUGCUUUCCUGUCCUCUAAGACGAGGUGCAAGUUCUUCAGCCUCACAGAAACCCCUGAGGACUACACCAUCAUUGUGGAUGAAGAGGGCUUCCUAGAGCUUCCUUCCUCGGAACACUUGAGCGUGGCCGAUGCAACAUGGCUUGCCCUCAACGUGGUGUCUGGUGGAGGUGGCUUCUCCAGCUCCCAGCCCAUCGGAGUGACCAAAAUUGCCAAGUCAGUCAUAGCACCCCUAGCUGACCAAAACAUCUCAGUGUUUAUGCUCUCCACCUAUCAGACGGACUUCAUCCUGGUGCGUGAGCGAGACCUGCCCUUCGUGAUGCACACGCUGGCUGCCGAGUUCACCAUCCUCAGAGUAGUGAAUGGGGAGACAGUGGCUGCUGAUGACUUUGGGGUAACAAAUGGAUUUGUCAAACCAAAACUAGUUCAGAGGCCUGUCAUUCAUCCUCUUUCCAGCCCAAGUAAUAUGUUCUGUGUCACCAGCCUGGAUCCAGAUACCCUUCCCACUGUUGCUACACUCCUGAUGGAUGUCAUGUUUUACUCCAAUGGAGUAAAAGACUCAGUGGUGGGCAACGAAGACUCGGGACAUAUUCGCUUUUUCUCCUUUUCUCUCAUUGAGGGUUACAUCUCCCUGGUCAUGGAUGUCCAGACACAGCAGAGAUUUCCUAAUAAUUUGUUGUUUACAAGUGCAUCUGGUGAGCUCUGGAAGAUGGUGAGGAUUGGUGGGCAGCCUCUUGGCUUUGAUGAAUGUGGAAUUGUCGCUCAGAUUUCUGAGCCUUUGGCUGCAGCUGACAUCCCAGCCUACUACAUCAGUACUUUUAAGUUUGAUCACGCCUUGGUACCUGAAGAAAAUAUAAAUGGUGUGGUCAAUGCACUCCAAGUCAGUCAAGCUGAAAAGCAUUAGAAAUCUUCUGAGCUGGUUCCAGAUGCUUUUUAUUAUUCUAAUAAUAAUAAUAAUUAUUAUUAUUAUUCUUUUUUUCUCACAGUAUUUCUUGAAAAAUCUGAUUACAGAGAGUGACAUGAAAAGAGACUGUGGAAAGUUGAGCAGAAACAGCUCCAAUAAGCCUUUGUUUUAAUUAUUAUUAUUAUUAUUAUUGUUAUUAUUAUUAUUAUUAUUGUUAUUUUAUUAAAUUUAUGAAUGAGGGGCAGGAGGAAAGGGAGUUUGUAUGGAUUCCUGAUGUUCAGCUCCAAGGUGAAGUGAACCCUGGCUGUGCUCAGUGUGGAAGGAGCUGCCUGGGGACACCCAGGGACACCCAGCACAGAUGGCCCUGGGCACACUGUGAUAGCAGUGGGAUGGGCCAAGAGCAGAUGGACAGACUGCUGCCUCAGAGAGCCCUGAAAACCAGAAACAAAGUGAAAUAUGGAAUUAAAGAGAAAAGAUGUGGCAGAGUACUGGCUUGUCUCCUUGCAUCAGACUUCUGAGGGCUGUCCAUCACUGCCUGCUGAGAUAGGAUGCAAAGGGUUCUGUUUCCCCUGACAGAACAGUGUGGUGUUGAAAAAGAGGAAAAUAUCCAAUUGUUUGACAUUUCCCCUUUUUCUUUCUCCCUGCAGUCCAAGCCUGGCUGCUCUGAGAAAGCCUGGGCAGGGGGAGCCCAGCUCUGGCCAGCUCCUGGCAGGUGGCAUCACCCAGACUUGUGUCUGCAUUCAAACUUGGCUGCUUUGGGUCAGUUUUUUCCAGUCACUCCCUCACUGCUCUGAGUAUUCUCCUGCCCUGUCCCCUGCUCCAGGACAGCUGUUGUCCCCUUACCCCAAUCAGAGCCUUCCCCAGCCCUUGUUCCUCAGGGCCAGCAAGAGGAAGGCCUCUUUACUCCUGUCCCCUUUUUCCCAUCCAGUGUGCACUCACAGGGAAAUAAAGGAUUGCCCAGGGUCCCUGGGUAGCUGCUCUUGCCCAUCCAGGCCACCUUGGCCAAGAGCCACUGCUGGCUGCCUCUGCCAGGGCCAGGAGGGUGCCUGAGUCUUGUGGGGACCCUCCUGCAGUUUUUCAUCCCACAGGUGGAAAUUGCUGCUGGCUGGGGAAGGUAGAGUGGUGCUGAAACUGCCUCAAAGCUGCUGGCAGCUGGUCCUGCACAGAAGAUGAUGGGGAAGCAGUAGUGUGUUUUCUUCUGGCUUGUACCACGGGGGAGGGCCAGCAGGAGCCUGGCACCAUGGCCCACAGUGGCACCUGUGUCCUGGUUGUGCCCUGGCCACUGCCAGCCCUGUGGAGGACAGCAGAGAGCAGUGCUGGGAGAGAAGUGUUACCCAAGGUGUGGGUGUCAGCACGCUGCCCCACUGUGACCAUGCACCAAGGGCUGGUGAGAGGAGAAGCUGUCUGCAGAGGACCUUGCUGCUGGGAUUACCAGCCCCAGCUUAUCUUGCAUUUCUUAACUUCUUCCACUUCAGGCUUGACAUAAAGAAUUUGCAGAUUUUGCUGUUUUCCUGAGGGCUUUCGAGCCAUGCUUCAGAGACAGCCUCUGGCAGGAUUUCCCUGAGGCUGUGCCAUAUCCAGCUGUGAGCCAGGGUUUUGCACUAAUCUGGAGGCAGUAAGCAAAGCAAACACCUGGGAUCAUGCCAUGGGCAUGGUUUUACUGGUGUGUAGGACAAGCACACACACAGACACAGCUGGUGAUUAGUUCUGCAUUCACAGGACUGUUGGGCCAAGCAGUUAUGGUUUCUGAGGCUGCUGGAUUCCAACUCUGAGUUUCAAAUCUGAUUUUUCGCCAGUGGGAUGUUAUGUGCCAUCUAGACAAGGAGUCAGAGCACCCAUGGGAAAAAGCAUGGCUGACUUUCCUUGGAUGGCCCUACUGGAGCUGGAGCAUCCCUGCUGAGGAGCACUGAGGCACACACUCAGUGCUUUACCAGACAGGAUGUCCUGCUGUUCCUUUGCAUGGGUUUUCAGAAUUGUCCCAUGAUAUGUUUAUAUUCACUCCAGAUUUCUGGACUAAAAGUUUAUUCUAGAUGUGACACUGUGCAUCUCUGGAUGUUUGUUGGAAAGAUGCUUUGGUCUCCUGGCACAAGGACACAGGCACAGGCUGUCAGUGCAGUGCUGAAGGCAUCUGGAGGUGUUUGCUGUGGCUCUGCCCAGAGCUGUGGGCACUGAGCUGGGCUGGAAUGGGCAGCAAGGCCAGUGGUGGCUUUUCAGCCCAGAUGUUGUCAGAGUGUUUUUUUCCUUGGGAAGGCAGACUGGCAGCCUGGAUGGAGGGAGGGAGGGAAUGCUGAGUUGCUGUUCAGCUGCUGAGUUGCCAACCAAGGUUUCUGCUCAGCUGAGUUGAGGCUGAGCUUUUGCUGUGUGCAGGGAUGGUGCCACCCUGCCAGAGUCAUCAGGACAGGUCUUCCUUCUGCUCUGGGGUUUUGUCAGCCUUUGGGAAAUGCCAGUUUUGGCAUCAGAGAGUCCUAAGUGUGGCUGUGCCUGUGCCAGUGCUGCUUCCAAAGGACUUCAGCAUGGAUAGGAAGGAAUUAACUUGAAACAAGCAACAACUUUUCUAAGCCUUAAGUGAAAGGGGAAAAAAAAAAGGGGGUUAAUUUUCUAACAUUGCACUCAGGCUAUUUUAGAGGCUGAAAUUUAAUUUUUUUUCCCCAAGAGAAUCAGCUUUAUAUUUGUGAAAUCUGUAGAAAGCUCUGUGGUAUUUCAAACCUUCCAAAGGAAUGUUGAUGUCCCACCAUGAGAAAGUUGGCCUGAAAAAUUCACAGGAUGUAAAAUGCCAUGAGGGACUCUGAUGCUGCCACCAUCCUUGGCUUCACCUUCUUAUUUCUUUUUAUUGUUUUGUCCUGACAUCCAAGAAAAUUGUUUCAGAUAACUUGAUGCUUUCCCCUUUCCCUUUAGUAUCCCUUUCAAUUUUUUCUGGUGGGAACUGAGAUACUCCAAAUGUGGCCAUCAUUGGUGGAACCUGUCCCUGCACCAGCCUGAAGCCAGGAUCAGUGCAAGCUUGCACAGCAGUGCUGCAUGUGAGACCUGCACUGCAGGAAGGGCUCUGUGGGGGCUUUGUUAAAUAUUUUCAUAGUAAUAAUCAUCCCACCACACUAUUGACACCCCAGUGCUUAGUGAACCCAAAAUAGGGGGGCUCUUAAAGCUGCUCCACAGCUCCCACUCUCUCAGCACCCAGCCUUUGGGGUGGGGAAGAAGUUGAAGAGUCUUUUCCUUUUUCUAUAGGAAGAGUCUUUUCUUUUUUUCCUUAUGAAAAUACAUCUGAGUAUCCCUGACAUUUUGCUGUUCAUUACUGUUGGGAUAAAGGAGGAACAUGUCUCAGUGGGACAGCCUUGGGCUGGCUGCCUGCAUUACCUGCAGCUGCCAGUGCUGCCCUCAGCAUCCCUGCUCACUCUCUGGGCAGUUCCACCUGGCCAUGGCUGCUGUAAUGAGCCAUUGCCUCAACACUGCAGGGCCCUUCCUGUGCCCUCUCUCCUCUCCUUGCACAAAAAUUCACCAGACAGCAAAAUGCAGAAGUGUUCCCAGCCCUGCAGGAAGGGGUAGGCAGGGGAGGAGAGCAUGGCCCUCAUGCAUCCUCUUUCCUUCUCCAAGGCCUUUCUUUUCUUAGAAGCCUCAGCCUUUCCAAGCUGUGUUAUUAAACAGGGGUUUGUCUUUUUCCCUCAGCCCAGUUAGAAUUUGACUACAAAUUCCUUUCUACUAAGCAAGGGUAACACUUAAGAUGUAUAUAUAUACACAUUUUAAGUGUUUCCAUAGAAAUCCAUAGUGUGUCUCUACUGGACACCUAUAAAUACCCAUGUUUGUUUGUAGGGUGUGUCCUGGACAUGGUGUGGGCACUCAAGCCAUAUAGAUUCACACACAUAAACAGUGUAUUUGUGUGUCCUCUGGGCACACAUCCUUGUGUGGGCAUCUCUGUAUGAGUACUGUAUACACGAGAUCACUGUAUCACCAUAUAUUUUUAAUUCAAGUAAUGGCCAAUAUGAAUAUUAGUUCCACUCUUGCUUUUUCUCUCCAUAUGUUUAGUGAAGAGCAGCAGUGGAGUCGACCUGAAGCAAAUUUGGGGCUCCUCUGCUUGCUGGGAGCAGCACUGGAUUUCUCUCCCAGCUUCAGAAAAUUCCAAAAAUUCUCUUCCUCUCUAGUUUGGUGCGUCAAGCACAGAGACUGUAGGAAAUCCACUUCUUUUCUUUCUGUAUGUUUUAGCUGCUGCCCUAAAUUGUCUCAGCCUGUUAAGUAGGGCUGGUCUGUUUGCACAGUGCCUGCCCAGAGCCUGGCUGGGCUUUCCAGAGGGGUUCCAGCUCCUGCAGGCACAGAGCACUGCCUGCCUUCCCCUGGCAAGGCAGGAGCUCCUCCAGGUUUCCUGCAGCCAGGGCUCUGGGCUGGCCUGGGCUAGGCAGCAGCACUCCCUCUGAGAUGCUCCCUGGUGCCCUUCCCCAGCACCUCUGCCAGACCUGGGGCAGGGGCAAGAUUUGAUUUCCUGGUGGAUUUGUCUGCAGUGGCAGCCCAUGGCUGGUGCAGGGCUCUGGUGUUUGUUGGGGAAUUCACAUGUGUUGGCCUGUGAGCUGAAAUCAGUGGCUUAUUUUUAAAUGGAAGUCUUGGAGGGUUAAAAGCAGAAGAAGCUGAUUGAACCCAGUCACUGGAAGUGUGUGGUCUUUGCAUCUCACCCCUGGAGAUUUCUGCUGACCAGGAGUGUAGGUCCAUGGAGGGAAACAUCCUGCUCUCCUGUUUCAGGAGAGGAGGUGGGGGCUGAGGGGUGCUGCCUUUUCACUGACCUUUGGGCACUUGGAAGCUGCUCAUUUUUCAGGCUGUUCCCCCAAAUACACCCUUGCACAGGUUUGUGCAGCCUUUGGUUUCUUGCCAGGCAUUGUUUGGAGUUUCUGCAAUGCUGUGCUUUAGUUGGCAUGUAUCAGCCUCUCACAUGGGGAGGCUUUAAUGGCAAUAUCUGGCACAGUGGGUGACAUAAGUAUUAAGACUCACCUAAUGACAAUGCCAUUUAUAAAGCAUACUCAUCAUGCUGCUGCUCUGAAAUGUGGUUUAAAGUCCAAGUUCUCUGUCACCAUUCCCAGGGCACAGGCUGCUGGUCAGAGAUGAGUCCAUCUCCUCUCUCACCAAGAGCUUGUUGGUGUCAGGUCCUGCUUUGGGCUAGCACAUGACACUGAGCAGGGAUUUACUUUUUAAGAUGUGCCAUGCAGAUUUGGGUGUGGGGACUUCUAGGUUCUGCUGGGAGGUCCUGAUGUCUCCAGCCAAUCAAAGCAUCCAACAGAAGUGUAUCAGGUUUUAUUUUUCUGAAGCAUGAUGUUUUGUCCUGCCAGAGAGGGAGGAAAUAAGGCAGUGCAGCAUAAGGGAGUGUGUGGCAGAGGAGGUUACUCAGGCUCCAGCCUGAGCAUCCAGUUGUGUCCCUGGUGCUCUUGAUGCUUUAAGGACCCUGAGAGAGGCAAGGCAGAGAACAGCUCUGCUCAGAGCUCUGCCACUGCACUGCUCUUGCAGGAUUUGCUGCCUUCAGGCAUGAGCUCCUGACACAUUUCCCACUGUCUGCCCCACAAGUCUCUCAGUGUGUCUGUGAGCUGAGGGUUUAGUGGUUGACUCUGACAUCCUGUGAAGGUUGGAAGCUAUCUGGGACAUAAAAGGCUGAAUUGCACCUGCUUGAUCAGAGUCUGCCCCUGAGAAGAGAUUUUCUGUCUUUUCUCAGCCUUGCUAUACAAAGCUUGAAUUCUUCUUCUUACAGAGGGGCUCCAUCCCUGGUGGAGAUGGUGUUGCUGUGACUGCCUGGCUGCAGAAGGGCCAGGGCUUCAGGCCAUGCUGACCUGCAGCAGCCACGGGGUCAGCCCAGGCUCCUCUGUUCCAGAAGGCAUCUAGGUCUGACUUGGCAUUGUCCCACCCAUCCAUUCUGUGGCAGAGGACUGCAGAGAUCCCUCCUAGUGACAGGCAUGGGAAAGGCAGGGGAAAAACAGGGAUAGAUGGAGUGCUGAGUGAUGCAAAAUAAUUAAUAUGUUCAUUUUUAGCUGUGCACAUAUGAAGAUACUGGAGUUCUGCUUGUUGUUGUGAACACCAAAGCAUUUUCUUUCUCCUUUUUGACUGAAACAGAUCACCCCACCCUGCCCAGCCUCCAUGCUCAGCCCAGUACCCCAGAGGAUGCUUUUGUCCCAGUCACACCAUCCCAGCAAGGGUGGGCAGCAUGACCCUCUAAGCCCCCAGUACUUGGAAUAUCUCUUGAUAUUCUGUCCACUGGGGAAGACUCCCAAGCAUCCCUGUGUGUUUUGUAAGUGUGUUUUACACGCAUUUACACUGUGUGUAAUGAUGGAACCCAGAGGGGUUCCUCCCAUCCUUGUGGUUUUCCCCAUCUGUACACCCACACAACUGUUCAAGAGCACCAGGUCAUCCAAACUCCUUAAUUUAGAGGUCAGCAAUGUGAAUAGGAGGUGCUGGGUCCUGCACUGGUUCAGUCACUGUUCACUGAGCACAAUUGUUCCUCUCAGCACUGGAUAAUUGGUAUUUUCUGUUAAUGAAAGGGGAGAAAUUCUUUGUUUGGCCUCAGGCUGAGCAUUGCUGCUAAUUCCUGAAAGAAGGUGUCCCCCAGCAGCAUUCUCUUAAGGGCAAGAAGUCAUUUUCUGCUGAGGAUUUCUUCUCUCUCUGUUACUUUGACUCUUGUGGACACCUCCAGUAAGCAGCUUAAGGCAUCUCACUUACCUGUUCCAGUCCUGCCUGCAAACAUUGGAUUGGAUUAAACUUUUAUUAUCUGCAGGAGAGUAAAACCCAGUAAUCCUUUGCCAGUAGUAUUUACACACUGUAGCAUGCACUGGGGUAUAUUUACAUUGGCUGAAAUGUGCAAACCUUUCCUCCAGAUUUCUGUCUGUCUGCACCCUGCCAUAUGUCAGGGGCCAGCAAUAUCCCUCAGGCAUCCUGGCAGCACUGAACUGGUGUGGAAACAGUGUGCACACCCUCAGCAAGGCUGUGGGACCUUCCCAGGCUCCCUGGAAGGGAAACACUUGACUGUGAAGAUAAUUUUGAGUUACUCUGCUGUCCUUGGCCUCCUUUAUUUAAUCCUUAUGAAGCACAGCUGGGUUGGACUACCAGCUCCAGUUAGCAAAGGUGAAGGGAAGAAAGGGGUUCUGCAGUGUGAGACGUGCCCUGGAUGCUGAUCAGCAGAUCCUGGCUGCAGCAGUAGCAGCCUCUGCAGAUGCUCUGGUGAGCACAGAGCAAAGCACAGACCCUGUUGUAUGAAGGGAAAAUGGAUGAAGUCUGUGUCAAAGUACAUUUCUCAUUUUAGGGUAAGAAUUUAGGGUUCAGUACCUCUUUGGAAUAUAUAUAAACCAAGAUCCUUUCUUGGUCUCUCUAGACAGCACUGGGCAUUUCAGGUUCAAAGCCUGGGAAUGAAUUAACAAAUAACCUUGUUAUUGCAGAUUACAUGGGAUAGCAUGACCUGUGCUUCUGCAUGCUCUGAGUUUGCAGAGGGCCUGGCCACAGGGAGCACAAACCCCUGGCACCUCCUCCCAGCUAAGAGUGCCCAAGUUUUGUGGCCAAGGUGAAGGCAAUGGCAGAGGGAUGGCAGCUCCUCCCCUGCCUGCACAGCUCCAGUAUGGCCACAGCCAGCCCAGCUCAGCCCUGUGUGGAGCAGGACAGUUGCAAAACAGCUGUUUAGUGCCCUGGGCUCCCUUGGGGUUUUGUUUUCAUCCAUUUUUAGCUUUCUGCAAAUAUCUGUAAAUGAACUGUGGGUGGAUGAUGGAGCAGACAUGGACAGAGAUACUCAUCAGGCAUCAUUGAAAUUUUGAAAUAUGUUUGAGAGCAGUGCAGGGGCAUGACCCUGUCCUCUGCCUGUACCAUAGGAGAGCUGACCAGGUGCCAUGUCCCUCUCUAGGCAGACCCAGUGGUUUUACCAGGGUCCUCCCAACCUAAAAGAUUAUGCCAAAACCAGAGCUCCUUUCAGCCUUCAUUUUGCAGGGGCUGGUUGCUUCUUCCCUCCUUGUGUGGCUGUGGCAGAGGCAGUGUCUGUUGCACAGCUCCUAUGGGAAGAUGCCAUAGGAAGCUGCAGUUUAGUGUCCCCCUGCUCUGGCUGGCUUUCUGCUUCUAUUUCAGCCUCCAGAGGAUUUAAAUCAGCUUUCUGUAAUUACAGGAAUAAGCUUGUGGAGUCCUACUCACUCGUUUGUUACUUGAGAAACAUUUUACAGGUACCUGAUUCCCUGGUCCUUGUGGGAAUGCUGCUUGAAGCACAAACUUGCCAGGUUGGCUGCUGUGAGCAUUACUGCUCCUUUGGGCCCCAAAAGAGGAGUUCAGCCCCAUUUCCAGCUGAAAGGCUGAAGCAGCCCCAUGCUCAGGUUAGUAGGAUGCUGCUCUGGGCCAGGUCACAGGGGAGAGACAGCCCCAGUAAACAGAGCUCUCUCAUCCUCUGAGUCCCUGCUGCCUGCACAGAGCCAUUCCCGUCAGCUGGAAGGGAAUGUAAAGGAAAUUUCCCUUCUGCUGAAGGAAGGCAGCAGUCUCCUCUGUGGAUUUGUGGUCAGUGGCAAAAGCACGAGUGUUUGCCAUGUGGGACAUUGAAAGAAGGAGCCAGGGGUUCCUAUAUGUAGAGCAAAGGAGAAAAAAGACUUUGUUGCAGCUGUUUCUUGCAAUUAUUUUUAAUAAUUCCAGCCUUGGAUGGGGUUGAAUCUUUGAGAUCGCUGAAAUUACCUGAAGAGCUGGUGGUGCUCUUACAACUGUGGGACAUUGCUUCUAGGCAGGACCAACCUGCACAGAGAGCAGGACCCUUCCCACCAGGGCUCAGCCCUGGGGCAUGGGAUGUUCCCCUGCAGCAGGACAGACAGACAGACAGACAGGCUACUGAACCAGGGCUGCUCUUAAAGAAAUCCCUGAGUUUUAACAUUUCCUUCCUGGGAGCAAACCUGUUUUUCCUGGCGCUGUGUGUCAGUCAGUUGGUGCAGGAGGUUCAGAGUAUGAAGGAGGUGGCUCUGCAGGAGGAGGAGCACCCCAUUUCUCCUUCAUCCAUUAGGAACUCUCUGGUCCAGCUCAAUGACCUCAGCCAUUUUUUUUAGUUCUAUCAUGGAAUUAAACAUGAGUCAUGUCCUUAUUCUCCCCCAAACCCCACCUACCCAGAUCCCUGCCAGCCCCAGGUGCCAGUGCUUCCUUCCUUCAGGUCUUUAUUUGUUCUCCAAUUGCAAACUGCUCCAGUGACACCAUGGCACAAAAUCAGCAUCCCAGGGCAGUCUCUCCUGGGUUCUUCUGGUUGUGCUGGAUCCAGGGCUGCCCUCACCUCUCACCCAAAAUCCUCCUGCAACUGCUGCUAAAAAUAAUCCUGUCAAUCAAAUGGCUGUUGAUAGGUGUGAGAAGUGCAUCCAAGUGCCAUUAGAGCCCAGGUUAAUGCCUGGAGAUGCACAGGGUGGUGCCUCUCUCUAGCCCAGGAUUAUGGUGGCACAGCCAGCAGGGUUGUGUCCCCUGUCCCUGCUGGCAGUGGCUGGGCAUUGUUAUCCCUCCCCUGUGUUGUGGGCUCCAAGCUUGACUUUGGGGCUUGUGGGACAUGAAGCUGAGGAGCAGGGUGUUCAUUUUAGCACAGUGGCCGUCACGUUUUCUGCCAGUGCAUCCUCCUCCACACUGCCUCUGCAGCAGCUGGGGGUGGCAGUGACAGAGGGGACACUUCUCCUGCUGACCCAGGCACCAGGACAACUGUGGCUCUUGGAGAGGCAGAAGAGGAGGGUGCCAGGCAGUAACUCACAGGAGGAUGUAGCUUCAGAAGCUCUGUUCCUGCCUUUGGAAGAGCCUGUCUUAUUCCCUUACUGUUAACUCCUUACAUAACCCAUUCCCCCGUUGUUUCCUUUAGAAUUAGAGGGUGGGUGAUCACCUCAAUUUGCUUGAUGUGUUCACCUACUCCCACCACCCAGCCAUGCCAGCAGCUCCUGCUGCUGCUGGGAUCUGGGUCUUGGUGCCCCAGUGCCCAGGGACCGUCUGCAGCUCCCUUGCAGUGAGCCUGGCACUGGCUGCACAGCCUGGCACUGGCUGGUUGGGCAGCCAGAAGGGUGAGUUCUGAGGGAGCACUGCACACAGGGGGGAGGAGGAGCCUCUUUUCCUCCUCAGUGCUUAGGGCAGAAUUUUAGUUUGGUUCCUCUGGGCUAAGCUUCAGCAAGCCACCAACCCUGCAGGGUCACACAGGGGAGGGUCACAGCCCCACUGCACUGCUCAGUUCAGGGCUGGUUAUGAGGGGCUGGCACAGCACCACUUUAUUAGUACCUCAAGUGGCUUGAACAAGUCUGAGCAUUUUAUCUCCUUCACCCCUUUGUAUGGACUCCAAAGGAGCCCAGAUUCCCUCCAGAUACCUACACAACACUAACCCAAAUUUCUAGAACUGCCAAGAGAGCAGAGAUGCUCCUGGUGCAGAAGCUGCCCAGCUUGGAUCAAGGUCUGUCUCAUCCCUGACCACUUAGAACAGCUGUGCUAGCCAGCCUGGGGAGGAAACUCAAAUCUUUAGGACUUUUUUAUUUAAUAAGUUAUUUAUGUAUCACUUGCUCUCUAAGUGAAAUAGCACUUUUGGCCUCAGACACACACCAAACAGGCUGAGGUAGGGCUGGGAACCCCAAACUCUUGCAGCCUCUCCUUCCUGCUCACCUCUCAGAAACCCCAUGCAGCCUUUCACUGCAGAGGGUAGGAAAAAAAUCUGUAUUUAUUUCCCUUUAAUUACCAGAUCUGAUGUAAGCAGACAGGGUGGGGGAAUCCUGCCUGUGCAGGGGCCUUUGGAACAGCUCCUGCUCUGGGCCUCAGCCAUGGAAAGGCUGCUGGCACUGCCCUGUGAGCAGUGCCCAUGGGCUCAGUGGGGCCAGGCCCUGCACGUGGGGGUGGGCAGUUCCUGCAAGCCUGGGGGUACAGGGCACAGGGGAGCCUGAAUGCAUCAGCUGCCUUCAUGCCCUCUGCACAAGGGGGGAUGUUCUACCAGCAGGCACAGGGAGUGGGGGCAGCAGCUUGAGAUCAUGCACUGGACAUUGGAGCUGAGAAGUGGCUGCUUUGCUUUCCCAGCAAGUGCACAUGCUGCUUUUCUUUGCUGGUCUUAUGCUGAAAAGCUGAGAUUUAUGUACUGUAUGAAAAAAAAAAAAACAAAACAAAAAAAAGAAAAAAUCCUAAUGUUCCAAAAUAAAUUACAGUAUAUUUUGUAUUUUGUAAAGUAAUUAAAUUGAAAAAGAAUAAAAAGUGAAACUGAUGCUGUCUGCUUUUGUACUGAUGAAACUGAUGAAAAUAAAGCAGAGCUUGGCAUUGUC